UGACAUGAUCGACGCCUGGAGGCGCCAGCAGGGCCUGAAGAGGCUGGGCAUGCCGCGCUUCGUGGCGAGCGGCUCGGUGGAGUACGGCGGCCAGCGCUACCGCUUCAUGGUCAUCGACCGCUUCGGCACCGACCUGCAGAAGCUGCUCAACAAGAACGGCGCCCGGUUCCCCAUGGCCACAGUCCUCCUGAUCGGCGUGCAGGUGCUGGACACGCUGGAGUACGUGCACAGUCGGGAGUACAUUCACGCAGACAUCAAAGCACAGAACCUGCUGCUGGGCUACAAGAAGGGGACUGAGAACCAGGUGUUCUUGGUCGACUUUGGUCUGGCGUGUCGGUACGCGCUGGACGGUCAGCACAAGCCGUACAGGCCGGACCUGCGCAAGGCGCACAACGGCACCAUCGAGUUCACCAGCCGCGACGCCCACAUCGGCGCCCACUCGCGGCGCGGCGACCUCGAGAUCCUCGGCUACAACCUGCUGCAGUGGGCGUGCGGCCGGCUGCCCUGGCAGGACCACCUGCAGCACGCCGACGCCGUGGCGCGCUACAAGAACCGGCUGAUGCAGGACGUGCCGGCGCUCAUGCUGGCGUGCUUCCCGGACGGACGACCAGCCGGCGCCGAUGCGAUCCAGCACUUCCUGGAGUCAGUGGCUGCUCUAGAGUUCGAGACCGACCCGGACUACGAAUCGCUGCGAGGCCUGCUGCGGGCCGGCCUGCGCACGCUCGGCUCUCCCAGCCGGCUGCGGUUCUCUGCCGCCGUCCAGGUGAGGUCCCGGGGGUGCGCCGGGCGUUCUCGCUGGACGCGCUGCCACCGACUAACCGUUGACGACGUAACCUCUCACAGCGUGCGGAACCUUGCGCAAAGGUCAGCCGUCACUGGAGGGUCGGAGGUGGCCGCGCCAGGCGACGGCGGCCAGCACCGUGGCCGUCGCCGCCCGUUGCUGGGGCCGGCGAGAGCGCCACGCCGCGCGUGACCCCUGACGACGUCAGCGCUGACCCGCCCCACAUCACUCGUGUGAAUCAGCCGCUUUCGAUCCGGUCGAGCCGCUCUGUAUUGAGGCUCCCGAGUGAAGGCGGUAUGCCGACAUGAUGCCGUUGUGUAACUACGACAUUGUGAUUUCUACUCAGGAUAAAUUAGCACCAGGUGACUGCGAUGUUUGCCAUUGCCCUGCCUUCGUUGGAAACCGAAGUUCGACUGAGGUCUCAAUGAAGCUGGGGAACGAAAGUUCGAUGCGUGGAUUUUGCGGCUUUGCGUGCUGUCGUGCUGCGUUGCGUUGUGUGAUAUCUGCCGCUGUGAUAUCGGCUGCGACGACAUGAAAUAUACGCUUAUCCGGACAUGUGUUGUUUCCGUAAUGUAGCCGAAGUACCUCGAGCGUGAGACGACCCAAGACGCUCAGACGAUGAGCACCGUCGCCGCCGCACGCCCCUCUCUUUCUCUCUUUCCUCCGAUGGUCGGAAUCACCUCGAGCGGCGCUGCUCGUCGUCCGUUGUCCCUACCCCCGUCACACUGUACACCGAUCGCCCCCCGACCCUCCUCACCUGACGAUGGCCGGUGUUGCAGGAGGAGCGGGGACUGGCCGCCCGGCCGGCGCGUG